AUGGGCGAUCAAAUCGCAAGAGGCGAAGAGUUCGAAAAGAAAGCUGAGAAGAAACUGAGUGGAUGGGGAUUGUUCGGCUCUAAACAUGAAGACGCCGCUGAGUUGUUCGAUAAAGCUGCCAACGCCUUCAAGCUUGCCAAAUCAUGGGAUCAGGCUGGAGCAGUGUACGUUAAGUUAGCAAAUUGUCACUUGAAAUUGGAUAGCAAGCACGAGGCAGCUAGUGCAUAUGCUGAUGCUGCUCAUUGCUAUAAAAAAACCAACAUUAAAGAGUCGAUAUCAUGUCUGGAGCAAGCUGUGAAUUUGUUCCUGGACAUUGGAAGGCUAACUAUGGCUGCCAGAUACUACAAGGAAAUAGCUGAAUUAUGUGAGCAAGAGCAGAACUUGGAGCAGUCUAUUGUGUACUAUGAGAGAGCUGCUGACUUGUUCCAAAAUGAAGAAGUAACAUCAACUGCAAAUCAGUGCAAACAGAAAGUUGCGCAGUUUGCUGCCCAACUGGAACAAUAUCCGAAGGCCAUUGAGAUAUAUGAAGAGAUAGCACGACACUCUCUAAAUAAUAACUUACUGAAGUAUGGAGUUAAAGGUCACCUUCUUAAUGCUGGUCUUUGCCAGCUCUGCAGGGGUGAUGUUGUUGCAAUAACCAACGCAUUAGAGAAAUACCAGGAAUUGGAUCCUACGUUUUCUGGUACCAGGGAAUACAAAUUGCUAGCGGAUUUAGCUGCUGCGGUUGAUGAGGAAGAUGUUGCUAAGUUUACUGCUGCCGUCAAGGAAUUUGAUAGUAUGACUCAACUGGAUGCUUGGAGGACAACACUCUUAUUGCGAGUAAAGGAGGCGUUGAAAGCGAAGGAGCUGGAAGAGGAUGAUCUUACUUAA